GAACUCCAACGUCGCUACCGAAAUCAGGUGGUAGCACUGACCCAGAAGAGAACAGAUGUACCUCUGGGUAGCAGUCUUUCGGAGAGCAUGUACUCCACAGUGGCCUCCUCUUCAGGCAGAGAGCCUUUCAGGACCACUCUCAAGCAGCUCGUUGAGGGUAACAAGAAUUUCGUAAACGUCCAACGAUGUCUGGACUGGAUCAAAGAGCAGGAAAUCGCGAUCAAGAAUGCGCCUUUUGGAAACAACUGGAAGACCGUGACCGAAGCUACACGCCGAUACGAGCUCCUCCACCGAAAAAUUGAGUCAUUUCGCGUUGAAAUCGAUCAGUGCCAUAAUAUGAAGGCGAAGAUUUCUUCAGAAGAGGAGAAGUUCUUCACUGCUCUGUUGGACGAUUUGGACAGACAGUACGAUGCCUUAAAGGGAACCUCGAACCGUCAUCUGCGCCUGGCCAACUCUCUCCUGAGCUUUGUUGAGAAAGCGGGUGAUUUGUUGUCCUGGCUGGAGGAGAAAGAAUCGGUUGAAAUUUUUCGAGACUGGACACCCGCUCACCAGUUGCAGUCAGCCGAGCUUUACGCGUACUUUCAGGUAAGUCGAUUCAAUGUUUGA